AUGGGCAGGCAGACCACCUUAGAGAAAUAUAUCGACGUAUCAAAGGGAAUGAAGCCAGCACCACCGCAACAGUCCACGCUCGGGGAGAUGUGGGGUAAGAAGAAGAAACGCGAACCCGAGGUGAAAGUCGCGCAAGAGAACAACAUGGAUGUCGAAGAUACUAGUGAAAGAUCUAAGCGGAAACAGGCAUCUUCUGCACAGUCGGGGGCCGCGCCAGAGCAGCCUCCGAAAGCAAAAAAACGCAGAAUCAUAGCCUCGGACGAUGAAGAUGACCUGCCUACCAUUGCAAAGUCAGAUGUGGCCAUGUCGUCCGAGGCAGAGCUCGUGCCACCGUCCGACGAGGACGAGGAUUCAGGACCCUCGAAACCAAAGCGCAAAGCAGCGAAGCCUUCGAAAGUGAAGAACGACAGGAAAGUCAAGUCGAAAGGCAAGGCUAAGGCCGCGGUGAUAGCGGAAGAAGACAAGGAAGGGCAGGAUGCCAAAUCUUCUUCCGCGUCAAGCGGGGACGAGGCACCGGAACAAGAUAUCGAUGAGGGGGAGGAAGAGACUGACGAGGAGGAGGCUACCCAAAAUAUUGAGGCAGUGUUAUCGAAGACGAAAGAAGUCGAUAUCGAAGGCGGAUGGGAAUUAGGACACCCUAUUCCGUACGCCGCUUUGGCGAAAGUCUUCGGGCUGAUCGAGGGCACUACCAAACGACUAGAGAAGACUUCUCUGCUAACCUCAUUUCUACUGCUUGUCAUUCAACGGAGUGCUUCUGGUGACACUGAUUCUUUACUUCAAUCGGUAUAUCUCUGCAUCAAUCGACUGUGCCCAGACUACGUGGGCAUUGAACUCGGCAUAGGCGAGAGUUUGCUGCUCAAGGCCAUUGCUGAGUCGACGGGUAGAAGUAUGACAGUCAUCAAACAAGACUUGAAGAAAGAAGGUGACUUGGGUCUUGUCGCCAGAAACUCUAAGAACGCUCAGAAGACUCUGUUCAAGCCCAAACCGCUCACAGUACCCUUCAUGUUCAAGAAUCUUAAGGAAAUUGCGUCCAGCACUGGUCACUCUUCUCAAAACAAGAAAGUCUCCAUUAUCACCAAGCUUUUGGCUGCUUGCCAAGGGGAGGAGGCGAAGUACAUCAUCCGUUCCUUGGAAGGCAAGCUGCGUAUCGGUAAUGCUGAGCGCACCGUGCUUGUCGCGUUGGCGCAUGCAGCAAUCUUGGCUGAGCAAGAAAAAGCAACCAAGAGGCUGAACCAAGAAAAGCUUACUGGCCGCCUCGAGCAUGCUGCGGAGGUGGUCAAGUCUGUGUACAGCGAACUGCCUUCGUACGACCUCGUGAUUCCGGCACUCCUCGAGGUCGGCAUAGAUGGGCUCAAAGAGCGGUGCAAGCUCACGCCCGGCGUGCCGUUGAAACCUAUGUUGGCGAAACCGACUAAAGCCAUCGGCGAGGUGCUCGAUAGGUUCGAGGGCAAGAAAUUCACGUGCGAGUACAAGUACGAUGGCGAGCGCGCGCAGGUACACAAACUCGAUGACGGCACGGUUGCGGUGUUCAGCCGUAAUUCGGAGGACAUGAGCAAGAAGUAUCCAGAUUUGAUGGAUCAGCUUCCUCGGUGCAUGAAGAGUACUGCCAAGUCUUUCGUCUUGGAUGCGGAGGCCGUCGCUGUUGACCGGAAGACUGGACAACUGAAACCAUUCCAGGAAUUGAGCAAACGAAAACGUAAGGACGUGAAGGUCGAGGACAUUGAGAUAUGGGUAUGCCUGUUUGGCUUUGACCUACUCUACCUGAAUGGGGAGUCCCUGCUGCACCACCCUUUUGCAGAACGCCGCGAGCUGCUAGGGACACAUUUCCAGGAGGUUGAAGGAGAGUUUACAUUCGCUAAGUCCAAGGACUGUGAAACGACGGAAGAAAUCCAGGCCUUCCUCGAAGAGAGUGUUAAGGAUGGCUGUGAAGGACUUAUGGUCAAGAUGCUCGAGACGGAAGCUAGUCACUAUGAGCCGAGCCGGCGCAGCGUGAAUUGGCUCAAGCUCAAGAAAGACUACCUGGCAGGGGUCGGUGACUCACUGGAUCUGGUCGUCGUGGGGGGCUAUUACGGGAAGGGUAAGCGUACGAACGUGUACGGUGCAUUCCUCUUGGCCUGCUACGAUGCGGACGGCGAGCAAUACCAGACGAUCUGCAAGAUUGGUACUGGUUUUAGCGACGAGGCUCUGCAGCAGCACCAUGAGCUUCUCAAGCCGCUGGAACUGACAAAACCAAGAGGAGACAUCAAGGUCGGCGGUGCAAAGCCUGACGUGUGGUUUGAACCGAAGGUCGUCUGGGAGGUCCUGACAGCAGACCUGAGCUUGAGUCCUGUGUACACAGCUGCACAGGGAUUGGCAGAUGAAAGAGGUAUUUCCCUCCGGUUCCCCCGUUUCAUCCGGGUACGGGACGAUAAGGGAGCAGAUGACGCGACUGGACCAGAGCAGAUCGCGGAGAUGUACGAGCGGCAAGUGCUUGCUCAGAGCAAGGGCGGGAAAAAGAAAAAGGGCGGCGACGCCGACGACGAAUUUUGGUAGUCUCGCUAGCACAACUAUUUGUGAUCUCGCAUGUUGAAUCUCUAGGAGAUAUAUCCGUUGAGGUUGGCCCAGAGGGUACACGGAAGCGAGAUUGGCUCUGGCACGAAACCUCUAAGCAAGCAGAACGCAGACCACUAUGUGCAGCUUCAUUGUGCAGCCUCGACCACCUUCUCGGGGACACUCUUUUUACUUUCUCUCGCCUCCUUGCCACCCAUGUUCCAGUAGUUUAUGAAGCGAGCCAAUUGGACGGAUUGUGCGGUCGCAUUCGUCGCAUGACACGCGAAGAGGAGAUAGUUUCUGGGCUGGACGCGCCACGCUGUCAUACUUCAGUUAGCAAGCGAGGACUCAUGUGACAGAAGACUACCGCACCGAAGCGCAUGAAGACCAUUCUAGGGAGAGAA